GAAAGACACCGGAAAUUCGCGGCAAAGUUGAAAAGUGCAGCACAACGUGAACAAAAUCCAGUCUUUUGCGGGCAACAACGGUGGAUAAACAAAAGGAGACGGAAUAAAGAUACAUAGACGGUCGUAAAGAGACUGAGUUGCAGAUUCGCACCAAGAACAUUAUUCGUAAAGAUCCGAACCGGGGAUAUUAAAAAUCCUCCCAUCAGCGAAACUUCUCAACAAUAAAAAAAAUAUUAAAUUCUGAGCAACAAUGGCGGACAUCAAGGGCUAUAAAUCCCUGUUCUUCAGCCUGUUAUUAAUUUCAUUUUGCAGAAACAGUUGCCAAGAUUCGAAAAGUGAAAACGACGCGAAGGAACUCGAAGCAAGUUGCGAUAGCGUCGAUAUCGAUUAUCGACUUUCCAAGGACGUGAUUCCCGUGGCUUAUAACGUGAAGUUGGUCCCUUAUCUUACCGAUUUAAACUUCACUUUCGGGGGUGAAGUCACCAUCGAAGUUUUCGUGCAAAAUCCCGUCGCGACGAUCGAACUUCAUUCUCAUUUAUUAAAUAUUCAUGACAAUCCGAUAGUAACGAAUUCCGAGGAGGACUCUCUUCGCGUAUCGAAAACGAGUUACAACAAUUGCAAACAAACUUACAGUUUGCACUUCCCCACAGCAUUGGAGCCGGAAACUUACAGGAUUCGAUUGAAGUUCGAUGGGAUCCUUCGAGAAGAUCCUUGCGGUUUCUACAGGACAUAUUACAUGAAUUCUGGGAGAAAAAGAUGGAUUGUUGUCACUCAAUUCGAGACCGUUUGUGCCCGUCGAGCGUUUCCAUGUUUCGAUGAGCCUUCUCUCAAAGCGAAAUUCAGCAUCUGGGUUGCCCAUUUAAAAAACCAAACAGCAUUGUCCAACAUGCCCAGGAAAUCGAGUCCAUUGUUACCAGAUACGUCGAUUGGAGAUCGAAUUUGGAGCAUCUUCAGGUCCACCCAAAAGAUGUCGAGCUACCUCGUAGCCAUUGUUGUCUUCGACUUCAACUACGUUGCAAAUUACCGGAGCAACAUUACUGUGUGGACAUCGGGGGAUUUGGAAAGUGCCGGUCAUGUCCUCGCCAAAUCCCGGAAAUACCUUGACUUAUUGUCCAACUUUACUGGUAUCGAUUAUUCCGAUAUCAUGCCGAAAAUGGAUCAAGUUAUUGUCCCCAACACGCCGAUAAACGGGAUGGAGAACUGGGGACUGAUUACGUACAGGGAGCGAAAUGUCGAGUUGAAAAGUAGAAUGUCGACAAGUCGACAAUUGCAGGAUGUCAACAUGGUGAUUUGUCACGAAUUGACCCAUCAAUGGUUUGGGAACUUGGUCGGUCCAGCAUGGUGGAAGUACAUUUGGUUAAACGAGGGAAUCGCUACUUACUUUCAAUAUUUAAUAACAUCCUCAGCCGAGACCAGCUGGGGACUUAUGGACCACUUUACAAUAAACCUUUGCCACAAAGCAUUCGAAUUCGAUCUCUCGACAAAGUCACAUCCUUUGAACGUCGACAUCGAGAAGCCUUCCAGGACAUUCGACCUCUUCGACACAAUCACGUAUUACAAAGGCGCCUGCACUGUUCGCAUGUUGUCUCACAUUCUAGGCGAGGAGGUCUUCCAAAAUGGCGUAAGAAUUUACCUUACGAAGCGGAAAUAUGAAUCGGCGACCACGGAUGAUCUGUGGGAAGCUUUUCAAGAAGCAUCGGACAGUUCAAAUCGAACAUUGUUGCAGAAACAUUUGAGUAUAAAAACUAUAAUGGACACAUGGACCGAUCAGAAAGGGUACCCCUUAAUCACGGUUAUCAGAAACUAUACCACGAAUACUCAGGAAAUUACUCAGGAGCCAUUUUUGCUAAAAAGUCCUCACGGCACGGAUGUAAAAAAUAAUUCUAGAUGGUGGAUUCCCAUAAACUUUGUAGCUAAAACCUACUGGUACUUAUCAGACACUGCUGCAAGUGACUGGAUGAGAAAAGAAGACGACAGUAUAAUGCUCACAGGAUUUAACGCGAAGGAUUGGAUAAUAUUUAAUAUGCAGCAAAUGGGUUAUUACCGCGUCAAUUAUGACGAUACAAAUUGGAAGCUGAUAAGUAAUCACCUUCGUACCUACAUGUACAACACGAUUCAUGUGUUGAAUCGAGCACAGUUAAUUGAUGAUUCCCUCAAUUUGGCGAAAUAUGGAUACGUUAAUUACUCGAUCCCUUUGGAAUUGUUGCUCUACUUGCCAAGGGAAAAGGAGAGCAUCCCCUGGGAAGCAGCCCUUGCAGGACUCUCUUAUUUGAAUACCAUGCUAAAGGAUUCACAUAUCUAUGGGAGGUUCAAGAAUUACGUGCUGGGAAUUGUUACCACUCUAGAGAAGAGUCUGGGGUAUGAAGUUUUAAAAACCGACGACCAUCUCAGGAAAUUGUUGAGAACGGAAGUUCUUUCUUGGGCGUGUAUGAUGGGCAAUAAUGUUUGCAAGAAAAAAGCCGAACAGACGUUAUUAAAGUAUUACGGGGCGAAAGAUCCAAAUGAUUUCAUAAUAUCUCCGGAUUUGAAGGUUUGGGCAUAUUGCGAAGGUAUUCGCCAUGCUAAUAAGUCAGUUUGGUAUUUUUUCCUAGACAGGUACUUUGUUACUAAACAUCCAAACGAGCAAGAUUUGCUCUUAUCAGGCUUAGGGUGUAUCGAAAAUAAACAAAUUUUGACGGAGUUCUUAUCACUCCUCGUAACUGGCGGAUUAAAAAAUCGCUACGAAACCGCGAUCUCCGUCUUCGGUUAUAUUUACAAAAGAAGCAGUAAGAAUAUAAUGAUUGUCUUGGAUUUUCUUGACGAGAAUUACAAGAUAGUUGCUCCUUUCUUGGCUGCAGAUUCUUGGUCGAAGAAUCCGCUUUGCACAUUAUUGACCAACAUCGCCGAGACAAUAACCAAUGAUAAGCAAAUUACGAAGUUAAAAAGUUUAAUUUCGAGACACGAGAAGCAAUUUGGAGCAGAAGCUACAUGUGUCACCGAAGCGAUAACAAUGGCGGAGAAAAAUAUGAAUUGGUUGAAAAAAUACGAAAGAGACAUCGUAUCGUAUUUCCAGAAGGAAGAUUCUAACUCCGUAGACAAAGACAACGGAUCUGCGAUAACUCUCGCCAAUAUUAUGCUUAUCACAUUGUCGAUAACAAUUGCGGCAGACAUUUGAUAAUCGUUCGUAUCAUCACCCGAAGUCUAAUUCCGAGGAAAGUCUCCUGGUUAUUAAUAAAAAUUGCCUACAGAAAGUCGAAUCGUCGUUGUAAAUAGUAACAAUUACAAGACAUGCCACCGAUAACCCGAUAAAUAAAUAAACAAAUUAUCA